CAGCAGCAGCACAAGGCCGGGGGCCGCAAGUGCUGCCCGCUGCGACGGUCCCGUAAGGGGUGCAUGAAGGGCAAGGGCGGCCCGGAUAACCAGCAGUGCCCCUUCCGCGGCGUCCGCCAGCGCACCUGGGGCAAGUGGGUCGCCGAGAUCCGCGAGCCCAACCGUGGCGCCCGCCUCUGGCUCGGCACCUUCAGCACCGCGCUCGAGGCCGCGCGAGCCUACGACUCCGCCGCCAGGGCGCUCUACGGGGACUGCGCGCGGCUCAACCUCCCCACUCCUUGUCCUGCACCUGCUGCGGCGCCGUCUCCCGCCCCUGGCCACCACCAGCACUACUCCAAGCAGCCAUCGCCGCCGGGGACGCCUUGCUGCUCCGCCGACGCCGAGUCCAACUCCAAUUCUUCGGUGACCACCGCGGCCUCGCCCACGAACCACCAGACGAUGAUCCAGCGGAUGGUGGAUGAGCUGGCCGCGACAGACCAGGAGACAGAGGACUUCGAGGCGUACGUGACGCGCCUGCCCAAGGCGGAGGACUUCGGGCUGGAGGUCUUCCAGGAGGUGUUCGGCGGCGGCGGCAUCUGGGACAUGCACACGGCCGGCUGAUGAUGGAUCGAUGACGCGCGGCCGCCCUGCAGCAGCUGCUCACUACACAUACCUAGCUAGUAGCUAAUAUAGCUUCAUCG